UUCUCCAAAGUGAGCCAUUUGAAAAAAUGGCUGGAAGCAGAGAGCAUGAGAUAUACACAAUACGACGAUGGAUGUACAAUCAUAGAGAUUCGGAGACCGGUGAUGUGACGAGAGAAUUUUGCGAUGGUUUACGGGGGUUCAUGUACCAAGCAACAAACCAACCUUUUGCUCGUGAUAACGGUCUUGGGUUACCAUCUGAAAUGAUUGACGUAUGCGUUGACUACUGCAUGAUUUUCUGGAAAGAUGAUGAAAAGUUGCAGGAAUGUCGGUUUUGCGGGAAGCCGAGAUAUCAGGAUACUCAAGGAAGGACGCGGGUUCCAUACAAACGUAUGUGGUACUUGCCAAUCACUGAUAGAUUAAAACGCUUAUACCAAUCAAAGAGGACUGCAGCAGCAAUGAGGUGGCAUGCAGAACAUUCCACUGCAAAUGGAGAAAUUACACAUCCCUCGGAUGCGAAGGCGUGGAAACAUUUUCAAACGAUGGAUUCAGCCCAUUUGGUAUGUCUGGGAGUGCCAGGGCCUAAGCAUCCGAAGCGAGCACUCGAUAUAUUCUUGCAACCUCUGAUUCAUGAGCUGAAGCAGUUGUGGAACGAAGGGGUUCAAACGUUUGAUUACUCGAAGAAACAAAACUUCAAUAUGCGGGCAGUGCUAAUGUGGACGAUUAGUGACUUUCCUGCAUACGGAAUGUUAUCUGGAUGGACAACUCAUGGAAGAUUAUCAUGUCCAUAUUGUAUGGAGCGAACUGAUGCGUUUCAGCUUAAGAAUGGACGAAAACCAUGUUGGUUUGAUUGUCAUCGUAGGUUUCUUCCUCUGCAUCAUCCGUACCGAAAGAACAAGAAGUGGUUUAGAAAGAAUAAAGUUGUGCGUGUUCCUCCACCGAGCUAUGUUUCUGGCAAUUAUUUGUUAGAACAGAUCGAUUAUUAUGGUGCUCAGGAGACAUGUAAAGUUGGAGGUAACUGGCACACCCCAGCGAAUAUGCCAGACGGAUACACCUGCACUCACAAUUGGCACAAACAGAGUAUUUUCUGGGAGCUUCCAUAUUGGAAAGAUCUCCUCUUGAGGCACAACCUGGAUGUGAUGCAUAUCGAGAAAAACGUUUUUGAUAAUAUCAUUAACACACUUUUGAAUGUUCAGGGUAAAACAAAGGAUAAUAUGAAGUCAAGGUUGGACUUGGUGGAAAUAUGUGCAAGGGUCGAGUUACAUCUUAUGAGAAAUGGAAAAAUGCCAAUAUCGAACUUUCGAUUGACCGCAGAUGCUAAGAAGGCGUUGUUCGAGUGGAUUACAUCAGAAGUGAAGUUCCCAGAUGGUUAUGUUUCAAAAUUUUCUAGAUGUGUUGAGCAAGGCCAAAAAUUCUCAGGUAUGAAGAGCCACGAUUGUCAUGUCUUCAUGCAGCAGUUACUGCCAUUUGUGUUUCUUGAGCUUCUGCCAACACAUGUUCAUGAAGCUAUUGCAGGUAUCGGAGCAUUUUUCAGAGACCUAUGCACCCGAACAUUGUCUUGGGACGGCAUUCAGCAGCUAGAUGAUAAUAUCCCGGUGUUGAUUUGCAACUUGGAGAAAAUAUUUCCACCUUCAUUUUUUGAUGUGAUGGAACAUCUCCCAAUCCAUCUACCACAUGAAGCAGCUCUUGGUGGACCUGUGCAAUUUCGAUGGAUGUAUCCGUUUGAGCGGUUUAUGAAGUCUCUGAAAGGAAAGGCGAAAAAUCUUGCAAGAGUUGAGGGAUCGAUAGUCGCCGGAAGUCUAACAGAGGAAACUUCCCAUUUUACAUCUUACUACUUUAGCCCUUCCGUGAGAACAAAAAAAACUCGUCUUCGAAGAUAUGACGACGGAGGUGUUGCACAAACCUAUAACGUUCCUGAUGUCCCGGAUGUCUUUGCACAGAUAGGAAGACUUGCUGGAAAGUUGAAAGAAGUUUGGUGGGAAGAUCAUGCCUAUUGUCGAGCAGCUCACAAUUACAUCUUGCGUAAUUUGGAUUACAUCCAAUCUUUCGAGAGGAUAUUUGAUUCGCAAAUACGUGAAGCCUUUCCCAAUUUAGAAGAAAAAGAUUAUGAAUCUUACAAGGACCGUGAUUUUGCUGGAUGGUUGAAGUAUUAUGUUCAAAAUGGAUGUGGAAAUGAACCCUUGCCUCUUUGGUUGCAUGAGAUCGUUCAAGAACCAAGAGCGAAGAUCACUACGGCUCCGAUGUACUUUACUCGCGGUUAUACAUUUCAUACGUAUAGACAUGGAAUUCGAAGAGCUACAGCAAAUUACGGAAUCUCAGUAAAAGCUGGUGAUAGCGAAUUCUAUGGUAUUUUGCAACAAAUAUUGGAAGUUGAAUACCCGGGUCUUUUGAAUCUGAAAUGCAUACUUUUCAAGUGUGAUUGGUAUGAUCCAACUAUGGGUCGAGGCAUGCGAGCAAAUAACUUGGGGGUCGUGGAUGUUAACACAAACAAAACCUAUGGAAGAUUUGAUCCUUACAUCCUAGCAUCACAAGCAGAGCAAGUGAGCUUUCUAUCCUAUCCUCGUUUGCGACAAAGACGUGAAAUGUGGUUAUCAGUUAUUAAAGUGAAUCCAAGAGGUCGUAUAAUCGGUGGUGCUUAA